GAGAGAGAGAGCACUGCACAGAUGAUCGGCCCUGCGCCGUCCGACUGACUCUAUACUCUACUGAGUACCUCGCGCGCGUAUGCUCGCGGCUGUCGGUCUAGCACAAACGCUCGCAGCAAACGUCUUCUUUUCCCACUCGCCUAUUCUGUACAACAGACGACAAGUCGACAACUCGCUGCCGUGUGUGAUGCAUCGCCGCCACGGAACUAGUACUACUGCCAGUGCACACUGCUGAACAAGAAGUCCGACGUUUCGAGCCCGCAGAACUUGCGGGAAGUGCUGACGUCAUCCGGAAGAGCCUCGGCAACGGCGAAGGAGCUCGCAGCCGUCGGCGUGUGUGUGUGCUGCAGUAGCAGGUGGGCGGCGAAGGAGGGGCGCAGAGGAAGAGAGAGAAAAGUAGAGAGAACCGGCGAGCAGCAGCGAACGAAGCGGACAGGACACGCGCCAAGGGCCGCAGCGGCGGUAGCGACGCGCCGGACGCACUGUACAGAGAGAGAGAGAGAGAGAGAGAGAGAGAGAGAGAGAGAGAGAGAGAGAGAGAGAGAGAGAGAGAGAGAGAGUCGAGCAGAGCAGAGCAGAGCAGCGACGCUCCUUCAGUUCGCGAGCGGAGAGCCGAGAGGCGCGAGUCGGUUAGUUCGCCUCACCUCAAGCCUCAUCGUCGCCGCUGCCGGCAGUAAACAAAGCCGUCGCCGGUCCGCAGCAUCAGGUCGAGCAUCGGUGCGCGAGUGCGAGUGCGAGAGCUAUACAGCCGUACUUACUUGUGAGAAAAAUAUAAUAAUACCGCCGGUCGGUCGGCGCACAACCUUGCUCCCCGCGAGUGUGCUAGUGCCAAAGCUGAGUUCCUAAUACAGAAGAUUGUCUUCUUCGCCUCUUCGUGACGCAGCCGCGGAUCUCGUGCGCGUGCGAGUGCGAGUGCAUCGCUAGGAUGAGGCCUCGUUGCCGAUGAUAGCGAGAAAGAACGAUGGAGUUCGAGCUGGACGGCAGCCUCAAGGAAUGGGCCAAGGACAAGCCUCUGAGCAUCCUGCAGCUCGAUCCGGCCGACAGAGCCGUGCUGAAGAUAGCCGAUGAAAGAGAUGCCAUACAGAAGAAAACUUUCACAAAAUGGGUGAACAAACACUUGAAGAAGGCGAGCAGACAUGUCGGCGACUUGUUCCAGGACCUCAGGGAUGGGCACAACCUCAUAUCCCUUCUGGAAGUGCUCUCUGGCGAGCAUCUCCCGAGAGAAACGUCUGGUAGUAUGCGCUUUCACAUGUUGGAUAACGUGAGGAUAGCGCUAAGAUUUUUACAAUGCAAGAACAUCAAGCUCGUAAAUAUUCAAGCAGAGGAUAUUGUUGACGGCAAUCCUAAGCUAACACUUGGUCUCAUAUGGACCAUCAUCCUUCAUUUCCAGAUCUCCGACAUCGUAGUCGGGCAAGAGUCCCACGUGACGGCCAAGGAGGCUCUGCUGCGAUGGGCGCGCAGGUCGACGGCCCGCUACCCAGGCGUGCGCGUAAGCGACUUUACGAGCUCGUGGCGCGACGGCAUGGCCUUCAGCGCCCUCGUGCACAGGAACCGGCCGGACCUGCUGGACUGGCGCAGCGCCCGCACCUGGCAGGCGCGCGAGAGGCUCGAACGGGUCUUCUACGUCGCCGAGCGCGAGUACGGCGUCACCAGGCUUCUCGAUCCCGAAGACGUUGAUACCCCCGAGCCGGACGAAAAGUCUCUGAUAACGUACAUAUCGUCGCUAUACGACGUGUUCCCGGAGCCGCCGGCGAUCCACCCGCUCUACGACGCAGAAGCCCAGCGCCGGCUCGGCGAGUACCGCGAGCUCGCGAGCAGCCUCCACCUCUGGAUGCGCGAGAAGAUGUCGAUGGCGCAGGACCGCUACUUUCCGCCUACCCUCAUAGAGAUGAAGAAGCUCGCGGCCGACAGCGCCAAGUUCAAGAGCGACGAGGUGCCGAGCCGCCACCGCGACAAGCUGCGGCUCAGCCACAUCUUCCGCGAGCUCCAGAAGUACUUCGAGAGCGUCGGUGAGAUCGACAUCGAGCAGGAGCUCCACAUCGACCUCAUCGAGAAGAACUGGAACCGGUUGAUGAUACUCCACCAGGAGCGCGACCAGGCCAUCAGCGACGAGAUCAAACGACUCGAACGACUGCAACGACUCGCCGAGAAGGUGCACCGCGAGAUGAAGUCAACCGACAAUCGGCUGGAGGAGCUCGAAAGGCGCGUCGAGGAGGAUGCCCGGCGGCUCGAUCGGCUCCACCCACUCGAGGCCAAGCACGCCGUCGACCUGCUCGAGCAGGACAUCCGCAACACCGAGCUCCAGAUCCAGAACAUCUUCGCCGACGUGCACAGCCUGACAGAGGGCCGCUACAGCCAGGCGGCCGAUCUCCACAAGCGCGUGCAGAAGCUGCACCAGCGCUGGGUCGGGCUGCGCUCGCUGCUCCAUAAGCGGCUCGUUCAGCCGCUCUCGGACGUCUCCUUCCCCGUGGAGGAGCGCGUCGUCACAAAGCACCGCACGACCGUGCACGAGACCCGGCUGGUAGAUACCAACCCCCACUUCCGCGCCCUGCACGACUGUAUCGACUGGUGCAAAAGCAAGCUCAAGCAGGUCAACGAGGCCGACUACGGCUCGGACCUUCCGGGCGUACAGUCCGAGCUCGACAUCCACCAGCGCGAGCACAAGGCUAUCGAGCAGUUCCACACCAAGGUCGAGAGGUGCGUCCAGGCCAAGAGCAAUUUCCACGGCGAAGAGCUCGCCCUCUACAGCCAGCACCUCGGCCAGCUCCAGAAGAUCUACACCGAGCUCAUCACCCUCUCCAACAAACGCAUGACCGACCUCGAGACGCUCCACGACUUGAUACAGUCGGCAACCGGCGAGCUCGUCUGGCUCAACAGCAAGGAGGAGACCGAGGUUACGCGCGACUGGAGCGAUAAGAACCUCGUCGUCCGCAAUGUCGAGCAGUACUACGAGUCACUGAUGAGCGACCUCGAGAAGCGCGAGAUCCAGGUCUCCGCCGUGCAAGACCGCGGCGAGGGUCUCGUACUGCAGCACCACCCGGCAUCCAAGACCAUCGAAGCUUACAUGACGGCGAUACAGAGCCAGUGGGCCUGGCUCCUGCAGCUGACCCUCUGCCUCGAAGUACACCUCAAGCACGCCUCCCAAAGCCAGCAGUUCUUCAGGGAAGUGCAGCAAGCCGAGCAGUGGAUCUCAAAGAGGGACGAGAUCUUGAACACCGUUUACUCGCAGUCCGAGUUCAGUUUGGACGAGGGCGAGCGUCUGCUCAGAGGCAUGCAGGAGCUGCGCGACGAACUCAAUAAUUACGGCCCACACGUUGACGGGCUGGUCGAGCAAGCAAAGGUAAUCGUUCCCAUGAAGCAGCGCAGGCAGCCGGUAACGCGGCCCAUCCAGGUCACCUGCAUCUGCACCUACAAACAAGUCAACAUGGCCAUUGAGAAAAACGAGCAAUGUACGCUCUAUGACAACUCCGGGCGAGUCAAAUGGAGAGUAAAGAAUUCCCAGGGAGUCGAGUCGCCCGUGCCCGGCGUCUGUUUCUCGCUCCAGCCGCCUGACAAAGAAGCUCUUGAUGCCGUCGAGAAACUGAGGAGGCAAUAUGAGAGGAGCGUGGCUCUUUGGCAACGCAAACAACUCCGUCUUAGACAAAACAUGAUCUUCGCUACUAUCAAGGUGGUCAAGGACUGGAGUCUGCAACAGUUCCUGGAUAUGGGCCAGGAUCAGCGCACUGCCAUUCGCAAAGCCUUAAACGAGGACGCGGAGAAGCUGCUGGCUGAGGGGGAUCCCUCCGAUCCACAGCUGAGAAGGCUCAGGCGCGAAAUGACCGAGGUGAAUCGGCUGUUGGACGACUUUGAAAAACGCGCAAGAGCUGAGGAAGAGUCGCGCCACGCUGGUCGCAUUUUCAACGAACAGAUCACAUCGCUCCAGCAGGCACUGGAAGAUGCCGAGCGCAUUUUAAACAUCCGCAUUGCAGCGCCGCUACCGCGCGAUCGCGACAGUCUGGAACACCUGGUCCUCGAACACAAAGACUACGAACAGAGCUUGCAGCGCUUGGCGCCCAAGAUAGAGGAAGUGCAACAAACUUUCCGAGGAAUCAGUCUCAAGACACCUCAGAUGAAGAACAAGCUCGACAACGUCAUGAGCAAGUGGAAUCACAUCUGGAAUCUAAGCAACCUUUACAUCGAACGUCUCAAGUGCGUUGAGAUUGUGCUCAGCGGUCUCGAGGAAAACAGUAACGCCAUAUCCGAGCUGGAGAUCAAGUUGGCCUCCUUUGGCGAAUUGCCCUCUGAUGUAAAGGGUCUUCAAAACGUCCUUGAAAAUUUGAUGGUUCUGCAGAACGCCAUUGCACAGCAGCAGAUCCAUGUCGAUCAGCUAAACGACGACGCCCAUACCGCGCGACGACUUGUCGAAAAGUCCAGACCCAACCAUCGUGGACCGCACGGCGAUAUGGACAGACUGGAUUUGGAAAUAAAUAGACUGAACGCGAGGUGGACCAACGUCUGUGGUCAGCUUGUCGAUAGACUCCGAAGCGCCGAAACUGCCUAUGGACUCGCUCAACAGUAUCAAACAUCUUAUCAAAACGAGGUUGACUUUGUCGAUGAAAGUUACGGCAGGCUCGAGAAUCUAGCUCCAGUACACACGAAGCCCCAAGAACUGGAGACUACUAAGAACCUACUGAACAGAGUGACCGAUCGUGCUCCAGCUGUCGAAGCUGUCAACCUUACUGGCGGCCGCCUUAUUCGCGAAGGAAAGAUUUACGGGCAGAAACUCCGAUCAUUCAAGGAACAGCUGGAAGAGUUGUGCCCAUCAUUGGAUGCCUCCGUCAAGAGGCCAAGAAGAGACAGCGUCGCGUCCGUUGACAGCAUAGCACGGGACCUCGAUACGCUCAACAGGAGGUACACAACUCUAGUUGCACUUUUGCAAGAACGUGCCAGAAAGCUCGCUGCCAUUUAUCCAGAAGACUUGACGCUUCAGCGCGCUCUGCAAGAGCAACGGCCGCUGCGCACUUUUCGUACCGAGUUCAACAUCUAUGAGAGUUCAGCGAGCGAGGAACGAUAUACCUCGACGAUCACGCACUUUACUGAGUCGCAGUAUGAGCGGCACGAGUCAAGGACGAUCUCGAGGGAAACGUCGUCGCCACCGACAAAGGCUAACGGUGGCGAUGGCCUGCCGAGGUCGCGUUCGAGGAACGAACUGGAUGCUCCCAGGGCCCGGUGGCCCAGCAGCUCGAAGAUAGGCGUAGCCAAGGAAGCGCAACGCGAAGAGUCCAUGGAAGCCGAAAACGUUAUCAAUGCACGAGGCAUCUUGCACCCGUUGAGCAAAGAAAUGCUGACGGUUGGCGAGGCGAUGAGUCUUGGUAUUCUCGACAUUAGGACGGGUAGGAUAGCAAGCUCGGCGGACAGCAAGUCCAGCUUGUCGAUCGAGGAGGCUGCGCGUGCCAAUCUGAUCGAUGUGGAUAUCGCGAGUCGCUUGCUCGGGCCGUGCGGUCAGACUGAGGCUGGGCAGCGGCUCUCGCUGUUCGAAGCCAUCCAACGAGAGCUGCUCGGCGCGGAGCGCACCGACGAUCGAGUCAAGGUAACGUUGACCGACGGCCCAUCAGAGGUGCCGAGCGUUAGUGACGGAUUGAGCGUUGUCGAUGCGAUGAACCGCGGCCUUCUGGACCCCGAGACUGGGCAUUUUAUUACCGCGACCGGAUAUGCCAUACCUAUCGAACUCGCAUAUGCCAAAGGCUACUUGACCAAGAUCGAAACAAGAGUCAACAUCAGGCGAGGCCCACUCGCCCUUGCGGACGCGAUAUCGCAAGCUUUAAUUGACGAUAGCACCGGCAGAGUCGUGGAUAGGAAUUCAGGCGAGGUUUACGCUCUAGACGACGCGUUGCGUAGGGGAAUCAUAGACGCGGAUGUCAGGGAAAUCGUCAGCACUAGAGACGACGAUAAACUCACUCUCAAAGAAGCCAUACAGCAAGGCAUUAUCAACCCGAAGUUAGGAAGGUAUAUGCACAGCUUGACCUUGGAAAAAUUGUCCCUCAAAGAGGCUAGGAGACGGCAGCUCAUAGUCAAACCCAUGAGUUUAAAAGAUGCCAGCGACGCAAACAUUUUGGAUGAACAUGCCAAGCUAAUGAGUCCUGCACAUAAAUCAAAAUUAACUAUUUUAGAAGCUAUGGCCAGAGCUGUCUUGGACGCUGAUCAUCUCAAGUCCGUGCUCAAUACGAAAACCGGAGAAGCGCUCACUCUUCAAGAUGCCAUCAAAAAUGGAAUAAUCAUGCCUGAAGGAAAAUACGUUGAUCUUGUAACAAGUUGUCGCUUGACUAUACCAGAGGCCAUUGAUAAAGGCUAUAUAACCUCGAUAGCUCAAAAAUCCAUAUUCGAUAUUGAUGGAUUUAAGGAUCCAGUGUCCGAAGAGUUUAUCAGUUUAAAUGCAGCCAUGUUAAAGGGUUUGAUUAGUCACAAGCUUGGUGGCUCAUUCAUCGUAGAUCUAAGAAGAGGGAAAACGUUGUCAUUAAGCGAAGCUACCGUUCAAGGAUAUGCACGUCCGGAAGUGAUGGAAAUGUUAAAUCGUGGAAUCGGAGUUACCGAGCAAGGACGCGAGCUCAGCGUUUUAGAAGCCGUCUUAUGUGACUUGCUGGAUCCAAAAUCUGGGCAGCUACUAGAUCCACGGUCUAAAAAAAUAGUGCCUUUAGAAGAUGCCAUUAAACGUUGUCUGAUCACCCCUGAUGGGGCUGCUUUACUCACUAGCCUGCUAAAUAUAUCGGUAACAACGCAAACCGUUACGCGGACAAUAAAGAGAUACGUCACUGUCACUGAUUCUGGAGAAACCGUGACUAAAGAUUAUAAAGUUUCUUACGAAGAGGUUCUUCGUAGCGGACUAAUUAAUGAAGAAAGCGAUGAAUUCACAGAUCCGGAUACAGGAAAAAUCUGUAGCAUACAUAGUGCAAUCAGAGAGGGUUUAGUGAGUAACCCGGAAGUCAGUAACGUAGAAAAAAAUUUACCAAAAAGAUCAAAAGAUCCUCAUUCAAAGCAAAUGAUCUUCGAAACUACAGUAAUCAGAGAUAUUAACGAACCUCCGAAGCAGAGAGCUGCAUCUCCUACUAAGGCGAUUGGAGUUAGUACAACAAUUAUUUGCAGAGAUGCGUCAACUGCUAAUGAAGAAAACAUACCACAUCUUAUAAAUCCUAUUAAUAAUGAAAAUUCGAGUGAUGGACUUUUUAAUAAACCUGGAUGGAUACUUUCUGACGCUAUAGAACAAAAUCUUUUUGAUCCUGUUUGUGGAUUAAUUUCUGGACCUUGUGUUGAUCAUCCGAUACCAUUCAAUGAAUGCAUUAAACAUAGCAUUAUUGACUUAGACUCAGCGACUGCGAUAGAUCCUUUUAAUAACGAAAACCUUUCUCUACUUGAUGGCUUGGAAAAAAAAAUUCUUGAUGAUACCGGACAUUAUAUUUAUUCUGAAGAGUUAUCCACGAAAGAUGCCAUAGCACAAGAUUACAUAAUUUGUAAACCGUCAGGAAAUGCUGAUUUGAAUCAAUUAGGUAACAAAUUAACCGAAAUACCUAUUACAAAGACAGAGAGUAUGGAAGUAAAUAUUUCUGAAGAAUCUUCUGCAUUGGAUCCUAUACAAAUAGAGCGCGGUAUUAUUUAUGAUCCUGUAACAGCAUUAGUUAUUUUUACAGUAUCCGGUCAAUCAGAAAACUUACUUAGUGCUGUUAAUGAAGGAAAUUUAAAAUCUGACGUUGUAAUUAUAAAAGAUCCUAAUACCGGCACGGAUAUUAACAUUUCUGAGGCCAUUAAAAGUGACAUAUUUAAUAUCGAAACGGGCGAAUACAAAGAUAAACAUGGUAAAAAAGUUUCAUUAACAGAUGCAGCUAGGUUAGGUCUGAUCACAGUUGUAGGAACACCACUUGUGGCUGCUGCUGCUGCCAUAGAAGUAGUCAAGCAAACUAUGAUUGAAUAUCCAAAAACGGGAGAAAAGGUUCCUCGUGAAGUUGCGAUUGAAAGAGGAUUAAUAAAGCCAGACAAACUUAUUAAUGAAUCUGAAAAAAUCGCAGAACUAUUCAUCCAUCAAAUUCCGAAAAGUGAUACUAUAGACAAUAGUGAUAAUCAAAAUAUAAGUUCACCAAAUGAGAUUUCGAAAACUAUAACUUCAAUUUCAGCCAGAGUUGCAAUAGCUUCUGGUAAUGAUGAAGAUGUAAUCUCGUUGAGUCAACAAACGAGAUCUCGCGUGACUACAGAACCAAAAUAUAAGGUGACUAUUGGAAUGGCAAAGUCUGUUUCUAGAAGCCUAGAUACAGAAGCAAAGCCAAUUUUCUUACAAAGAAUGCGAAAAAAAAUCUUGAAACCAUGUGAAGCUCUGCAAAGUGGAAUAAUAGAUAGCGAAACAGCAAAAUUAUUGGAACUUAGAUCAGUUGACAAAGACGAGCAGACAAUUACCUUAUUAGAUGCUAUAAACAACAAGAAAAUAGAUGCAAAUAACGGAAAAAUUGCCGAUCUUCAGCGAGGUGAUAUUUUGUCAAUCAAAGAAGCUAUUGAGAGAGGAAUUUUAGAUCCAGUUAGUGCAAAACUUAUAGUACCAUUAACUAAAAGUCUUUCAAUACCAGAACUUUUGCAACAGGGCCUUUUAGUGCCCUCGAAUAACAAGAUCAUACAUCCUGAAUCAGGGUUGCAUCUUAAUUUAAAUGAGGCGAUUUUGUGUGAAAUUGUCGAUCCCUUAUCAAAGUUGAAAAUUUCUAAUGGAUCUGUUAUUACACUUGAAAAAGCUAUUUUCGAUAGUAUGAUCGAUGGGAAAACAGGUAUUGUUAAAACUGAAACUGCUGCUUUGAAUUUAGUUGAUGCAGUUAAGCAAGGUAUAUUUCACUACGAUGACGCGAAGUGUUCUUCUCUACCUUUAGCUGGCAUGACACUUAACAUUGAAAAGCGAUGUAUAGACCGAGAUAAACCUACAUUUUCUCACCUCCAACUACAAACGAAUCAAUCCCAAAAUCAAAUUAUUAAUUCCGAAAAUAAAAUAUUAAUAGAUGAUAAAACUAGUACGAACAAGCCAGAGCAUGAAGAAAUAUUUACAGGCAAAGAUAUCAAAUUAACAUCCAGUGAUGUCACAGAACAAUAUUCAGUAGACGUUGCACAACAAAAAUAUCCAGAAGAUCAAAUUGAUAAUACGACAUCAACACACGUGGUUCCAAAUUUUUCUGAAAAAAGACCAGCUGCAAAAAUGAAUAUACUCGAGGCAAUAGAAAAAAUUUAUAACGCAGAUACGGAAACAUUUGAAGAUCCAGUUACCAAAGAAGCAUACAAUUUCACAGACGCAAUGAAGGUUGGUUUAAUUGAUUCUAGCUCAAUUUUGUGUGAUAUUGCUUCUUCACAAUCAAUGACUACAUCGGAAGCUGUUGAUAAAGGAUUAUUAGACUCCAAAACUGGAAAAAUAAAAAAUAAAAAUGGGGAUUUCAUAUCAGUUGCAGAAGCUACUAAGCUCGGUUUAUGUGCGAUUGUAACAGCUCCAAUUAUAGCUCCAUAUUUGGCUGUGAAAACUAUUGCAAAUGCAAUAACAAGUAGUAAUAUCAAUCGUACCAAUUCUGCAAAAGUUGUUAUCUUGAAAAAAUCUACUGAAAAAAAAUCUCCACUUUAUGAAGAAAAUAUGAAAACUUCUGAUAAAUGUACGAAAAAUGAAGAAAGGCAAAGUAACUAUAACUCAGACAUUUUCACAAGUGAACGAUUCACCGACUUCAUGGAACCAUUAGUUACUACGUUGAUUGAGGCUAUUGAGAAUAAACGUGUAGAUCCCAAAUACUGCCAAAUAAUAGUUGAUGAUAAAGAAUUGCCUUAUACUGUACAAGAGACACUGGAACGAAAUCAAAUCGAUUUGUCAGAAACUAUUGAAAUUAUAUCAAGGAAUAAAAUAUUCAUUGUACGAGAUAAGUCUAAAUUAAAAAUUUCAAUUUCCAAAGAUCUUACUCCCAAAAUUCUUGCAGAGGAGGGGGCCUAUGAUGUAAAAACCGAAAGAUUCCUUGAUCCUGAAAGUGGUAAUAUGAUUCCUUUCCGUGAGUUCGUACUUCAAUUAAAAGUGUUUGAUCCUGAUAAUGUUUGGGUCAAAGAUCUAUCUACCAUUGAGAAAUAUGUCACAUUAAGAGAAUCGAUUGAAAAACCUUUAAUUGACAGAAACAUAGGUUACAUGGUUGAUCCUAAAAGUGGGAAAAAAAUUAAUUUUUUUGAUGCUAUUCAACGCGAUUGGAUUUUAGAAAAAACGCCGAUUUCAAUAGAGGAGCCAUUACAAUUGUCUAUGCAAGAUGCUGUUGAAUCAGGAAUUUGUGAUCCAGUCACUGGUAUCGUUCAAAAUCAACGUUCAAGAAAAUCUAUUGAUUUUACUAAAUCAAUUAGAAGUGGGUUAAUAGAUAUGCAUACAGUAAGCAUAAGAAAUCCAGCAACUGAUGAGAUUAUUCCUCUGGAAGAAGCGAUCAAGAUGGGUGUCUUUGAUUCUGAUAGAGGAAUUAUUGUUAAUACUGAAACAAAAGUUGAAACUGAUAUUAAUAUUGCAUUUCUUAAAGGUUUGAUUGUUCCUAGACAUCGUAAACCCAUUUCAUUAGAAGCUAUUGUGAAGAAAGGCUUUUAUCGUCCGGAAACGGGAAAAAUAUACGAUUCAUUUACAAGUCAGCAAAUUGAUAUUGAAGAAGGAGUUCGUAGAGGAAUUGUAGAUACAUUUAUAACAGAAUGUCGAGAUACUAAAAUAGGUUCCUUUAUUUCAUUAGAUGACGCUCUUACAGUGAACUUAUUGAAUUCAAGCACAGGACUUUUACGUGACACUAAAGCAGGUACUCUUGUUCCCGUUGGUGAUGCUAUUGACAAAGGUUUAAUCGUGACUGCAUCUUUAUCACCGAGCUUAAUAAAUGUCAUUGUACAAGAAUAUUACAUUCCGAGAACUGGGCUAGUUUUGAAUCCUAUGACUGGUGACUUCGUGACUAUUGGUAAGGCUUUAGAGUCUGGAUUUAUUGAUGCAAGAAUGAUAAAAAUUAAAGACGAAAGACAAGAUAGAAACGUUAAAAUCAAAGAAGCUACGGAAAAUGAUCUACUAGAUUUGGAUAAAGGGAUUCUAAAGUACCCAUAUCCUAUGACAUUAGACAUAGCAUAUGAAAAGGGAUACAUAUUAAGCACAAAUAAACCAUGGAGCCUUCAAGAAGCUCUAGCCCAUGGCAGCUACGAUCAAAAAACUGGUAACUUCAAUAUAGAUAGUGAAAUUCUUACAUUAGAACAAGCAAUAACCAAAGGUUUUAUCAACUUGGACAGUUUAUCCAUUAAAGAGCCUCGAGCUGGAGAGAUUAUUUCUCUUGGAGAUGCCAUAAAACGUGGCCUUAUCGAUCCUAAAAUGGGUACCGCCAAUGAUCCGUCAACUGGAAAUGUUAUAACGCUGAUUGAAGCUCUGGACAAAGGAUUAGUGGUGCCAGCAAAAAGAAAAAUAUCACUACCAGAGGCCAUAUUUAAAGGUUUGUAUGAUCCAACUAGUGGUAAAUUUACAAGCCCUGAAACAAAAGAAAAACUCGCGACUGAUAGCGCUAUAGAAAAGGGAAUAAUUGAUCCAUCCUCUGUAAUCGUAAUGGAUACCAAAGGAGAUGUAACAACAUUCAUGCAGGCUAUAAAAAAUGGUAUCAUCGAUUCUAAAACUGGUAAAGUCACGAACAACACAGGACAAACUAUUGACUUUAAAGAAGCAUUAGAAAAUGGUUUGUUCUUAGAAACACACAGACCAAUGAGUUUGAGUGAAGCAUUUAUUAAAGGUAUUUUUAAUGAGCAGUCUGAGACAUUUAUAGAUCCUCAAUCCGGUGCACAAUUAACUCUAAUUGAAGCUAUACAAAAAUAUGUCAUUGAUCCCGAAUCUAUUUCUAUUAUUGUAAAAGACGCUAGAUCAGGUUUUUUGAAGAAAUAUACACUUCUUGAAGCUAUUCAAAUUAGUUACAUCAAUGGUACAACAGGAAAAGUUAAAGACUUUACUAAAGAUGACACGGAAAUUUCUUUAAAAAAUGCUUACGAGAUAGGACUUAUUGUUGACAAAAAAGCAGCUAUUUCAUUGCAGCGCGCUAUUCAUCAAGGUUUAUACAAAGAUCAAACUGGAAAAAUUAUCGAUCCAAACAAUAGAAGAAGUAUUACUCUUCAUGAAGCUAUGCGCAAAUGUAUAAUAAAUCCAACUUUAUCUUGCUAUUGGGACAAGCGUGCUGAGAGAAUGUUAUCCCUAUCGGAAACCUGUAGAGCUGGAGUGAUUGAUAGAAGAGCUGGCACUUUCAAGGAACCUGGAGCUAAUUGUUCGAUUCCUCUUUCAUUGGCUUUAUUACUUGAUUUAAUUAUUGACAUUGAAAGUGCUAGUUUUAGUUUGUACGACGCAGUACUUAUGGAUAUGUAUGAUGCUGCAACAGGAACUUUCAUUCAUCCCUCAAGCCAAAGAAAACUUACACUAUCUGAUGCUUGUCAAGAGGAAUUUAUUAAUCCGCUUGUAUCACUUGUAAAAAAUCCACUUAACAAUGAAUAUAUUUUAUUAGGUGAAGCUAUAUCUGCUAGAAUCGUUGAUAGCAUUCGUGGAACUUAUAACAUUCUUAGUACUUCAAAAACUCUUAAUCUACGUGAAGCAAGAGAAGAAGGAUUUAUAGUGCCGUAUAAGAAGCCUCUGUCUAUAGAAGAUGCCGUUAAAUGUUAUCUUUACGAAAAAGAGAGUGGAAAGUUUAUAGAUCCUUUAAUUAACGAACAAUAUGAUUUAAGUCAAGCUAUCAUUGGAAAAAUUAUCGAUCCAGAAACAACAGUUAUCAAAGACCUGACUUCAGGUCAAAUUAAGCCUCUUCUUGCAGGCUUAGAGGAUGGUGAUAUAGAUGUGCCAAAGGGUAAAGUGCUAGAUCCAAAAACGAAGCGGUCUUACUUUAUCGAUGAAGCUUUGGAUAGAGGUUUAUUAGUAAAUGUUGAUAAAGCUUUAACACAAAAACUCAAUAGUAGAAGAUCUUUAGAUUUGCAAAAAGUUCCGCUAGAUAAAACAAUACGUGAAUGUAGUAUAGAGGAAGCGAUUCGAUAUAAACUUAUUCAACCGAAAGUUGUCAUUGUGAAGGAUCCACGAUCAGGAGAAUUUAUCAGUCUUGAAGAAGCUUUGGCCGUGCGAGUAGUUGAUCCAUCGAAACGAGGCACAAUAGGACCGAAAACAAGCAAAGUACCAGCGCGAUCUAUUCGUUUCGAAGAUAUAAUCGUGUACUUGGAACGACCAAUAACAUUCGAGGAAGCUGUGGAAAAAAAUCAAUUAAUUUUAGAAACCGCAAAAUUUAUUGAUCCAAAAAGCAAAGAGAUACUCACUCUCAAGGAAUCCGUAAAUCUUGGUAUAAUUGAUCCCGACUCUGCCCUUAUUAAAGACUCGGAAAAAAAAAGAUUAGUUAGACUUACAGAGGCGUUCCGUAAAGGUAUAAUGGACGCAGAAAAAGGUAGCGUACUCGAUACCGCAACAUCUAGAUUGCAUAGUUUGUCUAAAGCUGUAGAAAUAGGUCUAUUAACUACUGAAAAGCAAGGCAUAUCAUUUGUAGAGGCACUCGAAUUUGGAUUAUACAACUCAAUUUCGGGUAGCUUUAACAAUCCUUUUACAAUGACCUCGGUCCUCGAUCAUAAAUGUUUGACUCUCGCGGAAGCCUUAAAAUCAGGCUUGAUAGAGCCGUCAACGACGGUAAUUAGAGACCCCGCGAAUGGCACCAUUAUGAGCUUGUUAGAUGCAAUUAACAAAGGAAGAAUCGAUCCUAUUGGGGGUAGGUUUAUAGAAGAUACUGAAGGGAAGCAUCUCGACUUCCUCAAGGCCUCGGAGAAUGGUUAUGUACUCGCCGCUGAAGCUAGGCAAGCCGUGGAGGAAAAAUACAAGCUGUGCGAUGAGACGUUGACAAAGCUUCUACAGUGGAUUGCCGAUGUGGAAGACAAAUUAGCUCAUCAAGACGUUGUCAAUGAAGACAUUGAAGAGCUUCGAAAUCAGAUUAAUUGCCUCAAGCAAGUAAAGGAAGACAUCGAGGCUCACUCUCGGCCAAUAUCGACAUGUCUUGAUCAGGUGAGGCAAGUCGUUCUAACCGGCAGCGAUGUUCUGUCGAACGACGAAAUAUCGUCCUUAGAAAAGAACGGACGCUCGUUAAAAAGUCGAUUCGAAAGAGCCGUCGAUCGAACCGACAGACUACUCAAGAGACUGAUGGGAGCCAGGGACGAGCUGAACAAAUUCAAGAGCGAAAUAUCGUCAUUCUCUAUCUGGCUGGACAAAUCGCGCCGGCUACUGGAGGACAAAGAGCGCUCCCUGAGCGACUUAAAAAGGCUUACGAGCAGCACCGACACAACUCGUGACUUCAUUAGCGACGUCAUCGCCCAUCAGGCCGACCUGCGAUUUAUUACGAUGGCCGCUCAAAAAUUCGUCGACGAGAGCAAGGAAUACCUGCAAGUGCUCAACGAGUUCCGUACGAGCCUGCCUCAGCGGCUUUCGCAUAAGGAGCCGAUCUCAAGUCAGGACUCGCCAGUGCGCAGUGAGGUCUCGAUUGUCACAAGUCAGUACAAGGAUCUGCUGAGCCGUGCUAACGCCCUGUCCGACAGGCUGUCUGGACUAGGCGGAAGGCAGCGUGACUACUGCGACGCCCUCAAUAAAGCCCAGGCCUGGCUACGUGAGCUCGAGCCGAGGCUGCAGCGUAUCCUCUCGGAGCCGGUGGCGCCUGAGCCGAAGCAGGUUGAGGACCAGUUGGCCAAGGCCAAGAGCCUCUACAGCGAGGUCGUUGCUAACGAGCGGCUCGUUGACAACGCUAGGACCAGUCUACAGGCACUGCUCGGCUCUCUCGAAGGUCAGCUGACGCCCAGCGAGACCAACCAGCUUGAGGAGCCGGUUCGUGAGCUUCAAGAGAGACACCACCAACUCAGCCAAGCCCUUGCCGAUAAGUGCCAGGAGCUCGACACGGCUCUUGUACAGUGCCAGGGUGUACAGGAUGCCCUCGAUAAUCUUGUCUCGUGGCUCAAUGCCGCCGAGGCCCAAUUUAAGAACCUUCACCGGCCAGCUAGCCUGCAGAAGGAUCGGCUCGAGGAGCAGCAGCGAGAGCAGCGUCUGCUACAGGCUGAUCUCGACAGCCAUCGCGUCAGCCUCGAGGCUGUAAGCAGCAUCGCCCAGGAGCUACUUCUCAACUCGAGCAAUGCACGAGUAGCCAAGCGCACUGAAGCAAAGCUUAAGGAUUUGCAAAGCCGGUUUGACAAACUUAUGGAUAAGUCCCUACGCCGAGGCGAGUUUCUCGACGAAGUUGCCCGGGCACUUCACGAGUUCCUUACCGAAAGCGCCAAGUUUGAUAGCUGGUAUGCCAAGAUGAUUGAGCUGCUUGAGUCCAGAGAUCUUAGCAAACUCGAUAUAUCAGAGUACGAGAGCAAGAUGGCCCAGCUUUCAGACAAGCGCGAGGAUCAGCGCGGCAACUAUGAGGACCUUGUGCGCAACGGAAAAAAUCUCACAGCUAAAAAAGACGUGACCGACGCUGCCUCAAUCAGAGAUAAGAUUAAGGCCAUUGAAUCUCAGUGGAAGGAGUUGAGCAACCUGCUCGACGAGAAGCAACGUCUCAGCAAAUCGCGUGCUGAACGACUCUCAGCCUACGAGAAAUUGCGCGACCAACUUAUCGAGUGGCUGAACCGCACCGAGAACCGAGUCCAAAGACUGCAACCCGUUGCGGUAGACCUUGAGCGGAUUAAUCAACAAAUCGAGGAGCUUAAGCCCAUCCAGAAAGAAUAUCGUGACUAUGGGAACACGGUCGAUAAGCUCAAUGAUCUCGGUAUUGCUUACGACAAUCUCAUCAGAGAACGAAGCGACAGUCCUACCAGAAGACGUACUAGCAGCAGCCCAACCAAGCGCCCAUUACGUCGAAUGUCACACGAUGGUCGUUCACCUUCCCCUAACAAGUCCUAUGCAGUUCAAAGUCCGGUCUCCCCAGGUGGUAGCAGUGGAUUCAGCAGUCGACGUUCCAGCCAAGAUGGUUUUCACCUUGAAGAAUUGUCACCUGUCCAACAACAGCUUUCCGAGAUUAACAACCGCUAUGGUCUGCUUGGGGUCAGGUUAACAGAUCGUCAGAGCGAACUUGAUAACACUAGAGAGGAGCUCAGAAAAUAUCUGGAUAACUUGAGAACGUUAUCGCAAUUUCUUGAUAAGAUUCAACGCCAAUUACCGAAGGAUGUUAUUCCAGUCACAAAAGAUGAAUCUGAUAAAACGGCCAAGCAAAUCAAGAUCAUCAUCGAAGAGAUGUACGAGAAACAAUCUCUUCUCGAUAGUACAAAAACUCAAGUACGUGAUCUCGUCAGACGUAAAAACGGUGCCAGCGGUGUUGACAACCUAAACAAAGAGCUAGAGGAUGUUACCCAUCGGUGGAAGACGAUCGGUGAUAAGUGUAAGGACAGAAUAAAGUUCCUUGAAGAUAUCAAGGAACUGUAUGAUACAUACGAAGCUCUUCACUCAUGGCUUGGAGCUAAGGAAAGAAUGCUAGCAGCCUUAGGUCCAAUUUCCUCAGAUCCCCGAAUGGUUGCAAGUCAAGUUCAACAGGUGCAGGUUCUUAGGGAGGAGUUCCGCACUCAGCAGCCGCAGCUUGACCACUUGAAGAAAGUCGGUAAAGAUGUACUAGCCAGAGUGCCAGCUGACUCGCCUGACGGUCAAAAGAUCUCGCAGAAGCUGAACAGUAUCCUACAAAGGUGGGAAGAACAGUUGAAACGUUUAGACGAUCGUGCUCAAAGUUUGGGUGACGCUGUUGACACGAGCCGAGAAUUUGAUGCUAGUCUCAAUCGAUUGCGUGAUGCAUUGCAAGGAAUUUCUGAUAACUUGGACGACCUUCCUUUAGACAAAGACCCAGAAGAGCAACUGCGCAAAAUAGAAAACUUGGAGAGACAGCUCGAAGGUCAGCGACCACUGCUUGCCGAUGCUGAGGCUGCUGGAGCCCAGCUCUGCGAAGUUUUAAGUGAUCCCGCCUCAAAAUCUGAUAUUCAAGGAAAACUCGCUUCUGUCGGUAAACUGUACAACAACUUGCAAAAGAAACUUGAUCACAGAAAAGCUGAAAUCGAGGGUAACCUCAGAGACGGAAGACAAUUUGAAGCGUCCUGCAGCAAGACGCUUGGAUGGCUUGCUGAUGAACUUGGUAAUAUGUCCGAAAAGCUUCUCGUGUCUGCCGACCGUGAAAUUCUACAGCAGCAACUAGAUCAUCACGAGCCGAUCUACAGAAACGUCAUGGGUAAGGAGCACGAGGUCAUUAUGCUUCUGAACAAGGGUCGCGAUAUCCUGGCGAGAUCUCAGAAGAUCGAGAACCGCACGCUUCAACGAGAUCUAGACAAGAUGCAGUUGCAAUGGGAUCGUCUGAAGAAAGACACGCUUGAUCGACAUACCAAGUUGCAGACCUGUGCCGAGCACUGCAAAAAAUACUACAGAGCUCAGAAUGGUUUCUUGCCAUGGCUGCGACAGGCCGAGGACAGGCUUGAAAGUCUAAAGCCUGCUUCUUUUAAGCGCAAAGAUAUUGAGAAGCAGCUCAAGGAACUUUCAUCUUUUAGAAAUGAAGUCUGGAAAAAGUCUGGGGAGUUUGAAAACAACAACACUCUUGGGGAAACGUUCGUUGGCGCUUGCGACAUCGACAAAGAUGUUGUGAAAAAUGAGCUUAGCGCAAUGAAAACUCGCUGGGAUAAACUAAAUAAUGAUCUCUUGGAGCGAACGCAGUCAUUGGAAGACACUGCAAGACACCUUACAGACUUUAAUGAAAAUUUGCGCGAUUUGAAUCAUGGACUUCAACGAUGCGAGGACAAGCUUACCUCUCAUGAUGCUCUUGGAGGAGCCGCAAAAGAUCCAAAACUUCUCGAUCGAAUCAAGAGCUUACGAGAAGAAACCGUGGCACUGAAAAAGCCGCUAGCAGCUGUACGUCAGCAGGCAACCGAUUUGGUACACAAAGCCGGCGAACAAGGAGUAGACGCUACUCAUCUACAAGACGAGGUAGAUGGUAUCGUCGAUCGCAUUGAUGAUCUACAAGCAAAACUCGAUGAUAGGUGUAACGAAUUGCAAAGUGCAGCGACAGCCGUUGCUCAGUUUACUGACAUCCUUAGGAGUUUGAAUCAAGAACUGUCGAGUCUUGAGAAUGAAUUAGACUCCAUGAAAGCUCCUGGUCGCGACAUUAGGACCGUGCGCGAGCAAAUCGAAAAAACAAGAGCCCUACUGAGCAAAAUCAAUAGAUUAUCUGACGAUGUAGGAAAAUUAGUAAACAGUGGCGAGAAUCUGGUAGAUUCAGGCUUCGCUGCAGAUGCCGUGGCAACUCGAGAUCAAGUAGAUUCGCUUAAGCGGCAACUUGGUAAACUUGAGGAACGCGCACGUAACCGCGAGGAGGAGCUCAACGAUACCCUCAACAAAUUGCAACAAUUUUGGCAUGUCCAUGCCGAUGUGAUGGAUGAUAUUAAUGAAGUUCACGAACAAGUUAAGAAAUUCAAACCUGUAGGAUCUGAAGUCGAUUCGAUACGCAUGCAGCAAGAUGACUUUAGAGUACUAAAAGCCAACAGAAUUGAGCCAAUCAGCCGAGCUGUCGAUGAAUGCAAUAGCUUUGGACAGGCCCUUAUCCAGACGGCCGGCAGGGACGUGAACACGAGCAGCAUUGAAAAGGAUCUGGACAAAAUGAACGAGAAGUGGAAUGACUUGAAGGAGAGACUCAACGACCGCGAUCGCAAACUGGACGUCGGACUUCUUCAAUCAGGAAAAUUCCAAGAGGCUCUCGAUGGCUUGGAAAAUUGGCUGGCAGAUACCGAGGAAAUGGUUAGCAAUCAGAAGCCUCCCUCGUCCGACUACAAGGUUGUUAAGGCUCAGCUGCAAGAACAAAAAUUCCUGAGGAAAAUGUUGAUGGAUCGCCAAAACUCGAUGUCGUCGCUGAGUGCGAUGGGCCAGGAAGUCGCUGCUGGUGCUGACUCCAAAGAGCGUAAAGCCAUUGAAAAGCAGCUGAAGAACUUGAUUGGUAGAUUCGGCAAUUUGAGCGAGGGAGCAGAUGAGCGCAUGAAGGCUCUAGAACGUGCCAUGGCCGUAGCCAAGGAGUUUCAAGAUAAGCUGAGUCCUUUGUCAGUCUGGCUUGACAAGAGCGAGAAAAAGAUCCGCGAAAUGGAGCUCGUGCCGACCGACGAGGAAAAGAUUCAGCAGCGCAUCGCAGAGCACAAUCUCCUGCAUAAGGACAUCCUGUCUAAGAAGCCAGGCUUUAGCGAGCUAACCGACAUUGCAAGCAGCCUAAUGGCCCUCGUCGGCGAGGAGGAGGCAAACGCCCUAGCGGACAAGCUACAGGAGGCCGCUGAUCGGUACCGGGCUCUUGUCGAACGGUCCGAAGCCCUCGGCGCACUGCUGCAGCGCUCGAAGCAGGGCUUGCGCCAUCUAGUGCUCAGCUACCAGGAGCUUCAGGCCUGGAUGGAGAGCAUGGAGGCUCGGCUGUCCAAGCACCGAGUACUUGCCGUCCACACAGAGAGACUGCUCCAGCAGAUGGAGGAUCUUGCUGAUCUGAGCGAGGAGCUUUCCUCGCGACAGACUGAGGUCGACAGUACAACCGAGUCCGGACUCGAGCUAAUGAAGCACAUUAGCGGUGAUGAGGCACUCCAACUCAAGGACAAACUCGACUCGCUGCAACGACGCUACAACGAGCUGGUGACGCGUGGCUCAGAGCUACUGAAAGACGCCCAGACGGCCCUGCCCCUGGUGCAACAAUUUCACGACAACCACAGCCGUCUGAUGGACUGGAUGCAGGCGGCCGAGGCUGUGCUUCAGUCGGCCGAACCUCGCGAGGAGGAGAUCAUCCGACUAGAAAUGGAGAUCGCGGAGUACCGCCCGGUUCUCGAUAAGAUCAACGCAGCUGGGCCACAACUAUGCCAACUGUCGCCGGGUGAAGGAGCCGCCAGCAUCGAGGCCCUCGUAACCCGGGAUAACCGACGCUUCGACGCAAUCGCCGAGCAGAUACAGCGUCGCGCCGAGCGCAUCCAAUUGAGCAAGCAGCGCUCGCUGGAAGUGAUAGGUGACAUCGAGGAUCUGCUCGAGUGGUUUCGCGAGGCGGAUGGCCAGCUGCGCGAUGCCGAGCCGCCAAGCAGCGAGCCCGAGAUCAUCCGUGUGCAGCUGAAGGAACACCGGGCCCUCAACGACGACAUCUCAAGCCAGAAAAGUCGCGUUCGCGACGUUAUCUCAACUGCGAAGAAGGUUAUCCGCGAGAAUGGCCAGCACGAGGACAGCUCGAGUAUCCGCGAGAAGAUGGAAGAACUGCGGGAGAUCAUGGAAACGGUGGCGGUGCUCUCUGGCGAACGUCUCGGAGCGCUGGAGCAAGCACUGCCGCUGGCGGAGCACUUGCGCGACAGCCAUCUCGGGUUGCUCGGUUGGCUAGAGGAGGCCGAGCAGCAGGUGGCCAUGCUGCCGAUGCCGGCCUUGCGCCCGGAACUGAUAGCUCUGCAACAGGACAAGACUGAGAUGCUAAUUCAGAACAUCAAUGAACACAAGCCUCUGGUCGAUAAACUCAACAAGACCGGCGAAGCCCUGAUGCGGCUCUGCAACGAAGAGGAGGCCGGCAAAGUCCAGGAGGUCUUGGACAACGACAACACGCGUUACGCCGCCUUGCGGGCAGAACUGCGCGCCCGGCAGCAAGCUCUCGAGCAGGCGCUCCAGGAGUCUUCGCUCUUCUCGGAUAAGCUUGAGGGAAUGUUGCGGGCCCUCGGCAACGCGGCCGAACAGGUGCGCGCUGCUGAGCCCAUUAGCGCGCACCCGCCGAGGCUGCGCGACCAGAUGGAAGAGAACGCCGCGCUUGCCGAAGAUCUCGCCCAGCGCGAGGAAGCCUUCGCCGCCGUGAAGAAAGCUGCGAGCGACGUUAUCAACAAGGCGCUAACCCGUGGACCCUCGGAUCCCGCGCUCAAUGACAUCAGGCGCAAGCUCGACAAGCUCAACAAGCUCUGGGCGGGCGUACACAAGUCUACGAACGACCGGGGUCAGAGUCUCGACGAGACUCUCGCCGUCGCGGAGAAAUUCUGGUCAGAGCUAAGCGGCGUCAUGGGAGCGUUGGCUGAGCUGCAAGACGCACUCUCGGCACAGGCGCCACCGGCGGCCCAGCCCAAAGCCAUCAAACAGCAGCAGGUCGCGCUUCACGAGAUCUGCCAGGAGAUCGAUCAGACUAAACCAGAUGUCGAGCAGGUGCGCCAAUCGGGCCACGAGCUUAUGGGCCUGUGCGGCGAGCCGGACAAGCCUGAGGUACGCAAACACAUUGAGGACCUUGACCAGGCUUGGGACAAUGUCACCGCGCUUUAUGCCAGGCGCGAGGAGAAUCUUAUCGAUGCCAUGGAGAAGGCCAUGGAGUUCCACAACACGCUCGGGGAUUUGCACAACUUCCUCGAGGAGGCCGAGGUCCGGUUUGCCCGAAUGGGUCCGCUCGGCAGUGACAUUCACGAGGUCAAGCAGCAGAUCAAGGAUCUUGCCCGGUUCAAGGCCGACGUUGACCCUCACAUGGUCAAGGUUGAGGCUCUCAACAGGCAAGCAGCGGAGUUGACGGAAAGAACCUCGUCGGAACAGGCCCAGGCCAUCAAGGAGCCGCUCGGAGGUGUCAAUCGCAGAUGGGACGCGCUUCUUCGCGGAGUCGUCGAGCGGCAGAGGCUGCUUGAGAAUGCGCUGCUUCGGCUAGGUCAGUUCCAGCAUGCACUAGACGAACUGCUGGUCUGGAUCGACAAGAGUGAUCGUACGCUAGAUGAGCUUCGAGCAGUGGCCGGCGACCCUCAAGUGAUCGAAGUCGAGCUUGCCAAGCUCAAAGUUCUGGUGAACGACAUUCAGGCGCACCAAACGAGCGUUGACACGCUCAACGAUGCCGGCCGGCAGAUCAUCGAGGACGGCAAGGGAAGCACCGAGGCUUCAACCACAGCCGAGAAGCUUGGCACACUUAACCGACGCUGGCGCGAUUUGCUACAACGGGCAGCCGACCGACAGCGCGAGCUUGAAGAUGCACUUCGUGAGUCUCAGUCAUUCACUGCUGAGAUCCAAGACUUGCUCUCAUGGCUGGGUGACGUUGACAAUGCGAUCGUUGCCUCCAAGCCCGUCGGCGGAUUACCCGAAACCGCCUCAGAGCAGCUGGAACGCUUCAUGGAGCUGUACAACGAGCUUGAGCAGAACCGACCUAAGGUAGAGACCGUUCUCCAGCAGGGCAAAGAGUAUUUAAAGCGCGCCCCCGAUGGCAGCUCCUCCGGGCUGAAUCACAAUCUGCGCACGCUGAAGCAGCGCUGGGACAAUGUUAUCGCCAGAGCCAGCGACAAAAAAAUCAAGCUCGAGAUUGCGUUAAAGGAGGCCACCGAAUUCCACGACGCACUCCAGGCCUUUGUCGAUUGGCUCACCAAUGCCGAGAAGACCCUCACCAAUCUAAAACCCGUCUCGCGCGUCAUGGAAACGAUUCUCAGUCAAAUAGAAGAUCACAAGGCCUUCCAAAAAGACGUAGGUGUACAUCGUGAAACUAUGCUUAACCUUGACAAGAAGGGCACGCAUCUUAAAUAUUUCUCGCAAAAGCAAGACGUCAUUCUUAUCAAGAAUCUUUUGAUCAGCGUUCAGCACAGAUGGGAGCGUGUUGUCUCGAAAUCGGCUGAGAGAACACGAGCACUUGAUCAUGGCUACAAAGAGGCGCGUGAGUUCCAUGAUUCUUGGUCCAAUCUCAUGAACUGGCUUGACGAUACCGAGAAGGCUUUGGACGAAGUGGCUGUGGACGGUCUAGGCGGCAAUGAUCCCGAUAAGAUAAAAUUCCGUCUGCAGAAACAUCGUGAAAUCCAGUUGGAGCUCAGUGCCAAACAAGGGAGUUACGAUACGACUAUGAAGAACGGUAAGACCCUUAAGGACAAGGCUCCAAAGUCCGACGAGCCGGCACUUCGCGAGCUACUCAACGAGCUCAAGAGCAAGUGGACGACGGUCUGCAAUAAGAGCAUUGACAGGCAACGGAAACUCGAAGAGGCCCUACUCUAUUCCGGUCAGUUUAAGGAUGCUGUUCAAGCUCUACUCGACUGGUUACACAAGACUGAAAAAGUGCUUUCUAACACCGGACCGCUUCACGGUGAUCUGGACACGGUGACAAGUCUCGUGGAGCAGCACAGGAACUUUGAGAGCGAUUUAGAGUCGCGAGCCCUGCAAAUGGACUCGGUCACAAAGACCGGCCGCGAACUCGAGUCCAAGGCCACAAUCGAAGAUGCCACAAGCAUAAGGCAGCAGCUGUCUGAGUUACACACGCUCUGGAACACGGUCACCAGAUUAUCAAAUAAUAAAUCUUCGCGGCUCGAAGAAGCUCUCAGGGAUGCCGAACGGCUCCAUAAGGCUGUACAUGUGCUGCUUGAGUGGCUCAGCGAUGCUGAGAUGAAAUUGCGCUUUGCCGGACAGUUGCCCGAGGAUGAGCAAGAGAGCAGGAAUCAACUGAUGGAUCAUGAAAAAUUCCUCAGAGAGCUUUCUUCUAAAGAGGUCGAGAAGGACAACACGCUCGAAUUAGCCCGCACAAUCUUGGCCAAGGCUCACCCAGAUGGAGCAGUUGUUAUUAAACACUGGAUCACUAUUAUUCAGUCGAGAUGGGAAGAGGUUGCCACCUGGGCCCACCAGCGCAACCAAAGACUUGAAACACACAUGCAAGGACUCCAGGAUCUUGAUAAUCUUCUAGAAGAGUUACUCGCAUGGCUUGAAGGAUUGGAAAACACUCUGAUCGCUCUGGAGGCUGAACCUUUACCCGACGAUCGUGCAACGCUUGAAAUGUUAAUUUCUGACCACAGGGAAUUCAUGGAAAACACAGCUAGGCGACAGAACGAAGUGGAUCGAGUGUGUAAAGCUAGACAGAUAAAACCUAUCAAGGACACUCGCAAGGUUUUCAAGAGCAAACCAUCAACGCCCAUUAAGGAGCAUUACCAAGAAAAUGAUUACGAACACUCAUCACUUCGAAAGCAAAGCUUCAAAGGAAGUCGAGAUCUAUCCCAGUCAACGAGACUUCUUAGCCGAGCCAGCCCAGGCCGUGAGCGAACUCCAGAUCCGUCAUUGCCUCAUAUUGGUCCACGGUUUCCACCCAAAGGAAGCAGUAAAGGAGCCGAACCAGAAUUCCGGAAUCCUAGGGUCAAGUUACUUUGGGACAGGUGGAGAAACGUGUGGAUGUUGGCGUGGGAACGACAGCGACGACUUCAGGACAAAUUGAAUUACAUUGAAGAAUUGGAUAGAGUCGCCAACUUUAGUUGGGAAGAUUGGCGUAAGAGGUUCUUGAAGUUCAUGAAUCAUAAGAAGUCGCGACUAACUGAUCUCUUUAGAAAAAUGGACAAAAACAAUGACGGACUCAUUCCGAGAGAAGAUUUUAUUCAAGGAAUCCUUAAUACAAAAUUCGAUACCUCGCGACUUGAAAUGGGUGCCGUUGCGGAUCUUUUCGAUCGUCAUGGAGAGGGUUUGAUUGACUGGAAAGAGUUCAUAGCUGCACUGAGGCCUGAUUGGGAAGAAAGACGGACGUACAAUGAUACUGAUAAGAUCCACGAUGAAGUGAAACGUUUGGUUAUGCUGUGUACGUGUCGACAGAAAUUCAGAGUUUUUCAAGUGGGCGAGGGAAAAUAUAGAUUUGGCGAUAGUCAGAAACUUCGUCUGGUCAGAAUUCUCCGUUCUACUGUGAUGGUGCGCGUUGGAGGCGGAUGGGUCGCUCUAGACGAAUUUCUAUUAAAAAACGAUCCAUGUCGCGCCAAGGGAAGAACGAAUAUUGAGCUGAGAGAGCAAUUUAUACUGGCGGACGGUGUGAGCCAGUCAAUGACGGCCUUCAGAUCCAAACCAAGUCCUACCUCGACUCUCCAACGUAACCAAUUGUCAUCGGCUGGACCGAUCACUAAGGUGAGGGAGCGCAGCGCUCGAAGCGUACCGAUGGGCCAAACAAGAGCUUCGCGAACGUCAUUGAGUGUUGGUACACCUGACAGUCUCAGCGAUAACGAGAGCUCCUUCCGCACUCCGGCAAGAAAAACAAGCACACCCUACAGGAGUACUCUCACUCCAGGAGGAAGCCGACCGUCGAGCAGACCGGCGAGCCGGCCAGCCAGUCGGCCAGGCAGCAGACCAGCAUCACGGCAGGGCAGCAAACCAUCUAGUCGCUAUGGUUCGACUCAGUCUUUGGAUAGCACCGACGAUCCCAGUACUCCGAGCCGUAUUCCACGGAGGACCGGUGGAACCACUGGAAACACACCGACCUCGAGCCGACACAAUAGCAUAUCCGGUAAAAGGCUUACUAUUUCAACGGUGAAUGGCUCCAGUUCGCGACCCCGAACUCCAACUGGUCUUGUUAGUCCAGCCAGUGGAACGGCUUCAAGGUUUAGCUCGAUGAAUCGAGCCUCGAGCAUACCAACUCUCACUGGUGUCGGAACACCAAUUAGCCGGUCACGGAUUCCUGUCUAUGUGGGACCGGAGAUAAAAUCCCCCCAAUCUACGACCAGUAAUAUUUCCACACAUUCGGUGCAAAGCAAUCAUUCGACAAUUUCUUCUGACUCUACUGGGAGCAGUUCCGCCCGCACAAGCUCAACAACUAAUAUACCAAUGGCUUUGAAGCAAGCUAGAACAAGAACGCCGUCUAGUGGCACGAGUACUCCCUUACCGCCGGCUUCCAAACUUACGAGAAAACCAUCCGGUGCAUCAGAUACAGCCGUAACGCCUAUACAACGAAAACCGAAGCAACCAACGCCGAUUGAGCAGAGGGCUCCUUUCAGGUUGUAAUUCGACAACACGGCACGAAGAGAAAGCUAAAUUUUCCGAUGCCUCGGACGCCGUUGAUUAAUGAUCAAUGAAAUUGAUACAAACUUGUUAAAUAUUAAAGAUAAAGUUUAUACUAAUUGCUUCUAUAUACUAAUCUAUCCACCAUACGAAUUGUGAAAACCGAUACUAACCGAAUAAAGCAGUGGAUCUAGACUAGUGCAUUUAGCACUAUUAUGCAGAGCGCUAUUAUGCAGAGCAGAAAUCACAAGUGAAACUAUUGUGUAUCUGCGCUACACAACAUUUACAAAAAGCAUGACGCUGCGAACUUAAAUAUUAAAAGACGUCUAUUGAUAAUUGCGUAAAAGUCAUCGGUGAUUAAGUGCAAAUAAUAAUGGUGAAAAUAGAAUCUUAUUUGUUACGAAGUAAUGCGAGCUUAACAAGCUUUAAGUUAAACUAAAAUUUUUUAUUAAAUAUAAAAUAUAUAGGCGAGUAUGCGUUAACUUCAUUUUUUACGAAACUGCGUUUUCGGUUGGGGGUAUUGACACAGAACUAUUAGAAAACGCACGUUUUGUAAUCAAAGAAGAAAAAAUUUGUUAACUUAUUAAUGCAGUCAAAAACCGGCUCGCUUAUGAAUACUUAUUGCGACGAGAAGGUUUAACGUUUAAUAUUAAUAAUCCUAGGCCUCGUACUCAUUUUUUUUUUUUUAUAAAAAGUUAUAUUAUUAACGUCCUUAAUUUUAAGAUACUUUAUUACUGUAAAUCGCGUGUUUAUACAUUAUUAAAUUAAAGAAUGAUCGUCUCCCUCAUUUCAUUCCUUCAUGAUCUUGUUAUUUGUUUUUCCAAUAUUGCUGUGCGAAAAAUGAAAAAAUUAAAGGAUUCUAUUACAGGUUUGUAAUGUUUUCUCUUAGAAGUCUAUUUCAAGAUGAUUACUUAUAAAAUUAAGAAAUCGAAUGACAAAAAGUCAUAAAUCAUACAUUUUGUCUGAUUUUUAUGACAAAUAAAAAAAAAACGAAAUUUGUUAGUUAUAUGAAACAAGCACAUAAUGUAAAUAUUGGUUUAUUUUAUUGCCCUUCAUCUUAUCUUGCGUCGAAGUUCUUAUUGACAUAUACAAUAUUUAAACGAUUAAGCGCGACGUUAUAUUAAUCAUACACACACAAAGACAGAUAAUUUAUAAUGCGAAAUGUAGAAGAAAUAUUUUGGUUUUGUGGAAUCGGCAAGGUCUUUUUCGGAAUUAGUUUGAAUUAACCUGCGUUAUGCACAGUGAAGUUGAAAAUUUUAAUUAAAAAUGUAUGCUUAUACUAAUAAAAAUAAACGAUUAAAAAAUCGUUUUGACUAAAAUUUAAAUAGUGACGGUUCCAGGAAGAACUGUUGUGAAAGCAUUUCCAGUUUAUGCGAUGAACAUUUAGCUAAUAAUAGGUAGAAUCUAAAAUUAUAUCUUAGCUUAGUGAUUUGUAUAAUUAAGUGCGAUUAAUGUUUUAACCGUUUUUACGAAAAUAAUUUUUUGUUUCUGCCUUUUUUUAAAAUUCUGUAUUGACGCUAAUAAUGCUGUGAAUCCAAUAUAAAUAUAUUUAAACGUAACGCCUGGA